UGGCUUUCUCCGAGGUUCAACAUACCGUCGUUUCAUCCAAAAAGCCACUCCUCCGAGUGUGACGGACGGCCAUUGUCGCGAGGGAGAAGAAAGAACUAAUCAUCGUUAAGAUCUCAAGAUAUUGAUUGAUCGGUGUCAACGAAGUCUCUGGAGAUUGUAUUAUAUUAAUAUCAUCAUGGACACUGAUACCACUACUACUACUGAGCAAAGUAACAGAGAGUUACCACCUCCUCCUCGCCUUCAUCUGAGGCCAGUAAGGCCAAUGGAAUCCGGUGUUGGCUUACCCUACGCACCUGAGAACUGGCCUAACCCUGGAGACACGUGGCGCUGGAAAGCAGGACCUAGAAUCACCGGCAAAGGCACCUUUUUGGACCGCUACUUAUACCCUCCCAAGCACCUCCCCGGUUUAUCCAACACUGAGACCAUGCGUAAAGGCACCGCCUUUAGGAGCAGGCUCUCUCUCCAACGCUACAUUCGUCUUGCCUUCCCUGACGCAGAUGUCCGCAAGUUCUUUGCUUCUUUCAGCUGGGCUAUACCUAGCACCACAGAUGGCAUAAGUGUGAAGCGCUCUGUAUUGCCAGUGUAUAAUAAUAGCUCAGAUGGUGAAGAUCCAAUGCAGGCUGCUGACGUUCUGGUUUGUAAGGCUGGUAAUGACAAAUGCUGCAGCCUGACGAUGCCACCACAGAGUGAAACAGAAGAAGAAGCGAUGAUGACUUGUGACAUUUGCUGUGGUGAACCUAGUUUCUGCGUUGACUGCUCUUGCAUCCUCUGCUGCAAAUCGAUAAGCGGAGAGCAUGAAGGUUACAGCUACGUCAGAUGCGAAGCUGUGGUUUCCGAGGGUCUUGUGUGCGGACAUGUUGCUCAUAUCAGCUGUGCUCUUCGAGCUUACAUGGCUGGAACGGUUGGAGGGAGUAUCGGGUUGGAUGCUGAGUACUACUGCAGGAGAUGCGACGAUAGAAAGGACUUGGUUCCGCAUGUUAACAGGUUCCUGGAGAUAUGUAAGACUGUGGAGUACCAAGGCGAUGUGGAGAAGAUCCUUAAUCUCGGUAUUUGUGUCCUGCGUGGCUCGCAGAGAGUCAGUGCUAAGGAGCUGCUCAACUGUAUCGAAUCAACGGUCAUCAAGCUUAAAUGUGGCACGAGCUUGGAAGAUCUUUGGAAUGAUGAUACACCUACUAUAUGGUCAGAUUUCUCUGACAGUGGAGACGGUAAAGACAAUGAUGCAUUGCAAAAUCUACAAGACGUGACACCGAUCGAGCCAAUACCAUUCAAUCACGAGGCAGAGAUGCACAAACUGGAGGAAGAGAUCCGUGAGGUGCUAAAAGCGCUGAGGGAAGCUCAGGAAUCCGAGUAUCAAAUCGCUGAAGUCAGACUUCAUGCUCAGAAAGAAUGUCUCGGUGAUCUGUAUAGGCAACUUGAGGAGGAGAAGUCAGAGCUGUCGAGGCGUGUGUCAUGUACAGAUGCAGAUAGCUUGAUGACUAAUGUGUUGAAAAGAUUGGAUCAGAUAAGGAAAGAAGUGACAAAGCUUAAGGAAAUGGAAGAAGUGGCUAAAGGAUUUGGGAGGACUCCUAGAGGAAUCCUUGAAGAGUACUUUCAUCUAACAAUCGAGGAGUAGAGAGCAUAGCAACAAUUAUAAAUUGUACAUUGUCUGCUAAGUUCCUUUGAAUACUUCAUCUGUGUACCCAAGUUUUGCUUCACCAGUAUACAUAAUCAUCUUGCUCUA